GUCGAUCGGCCUUCAGCCCCACCCCCUUCUGAGGCCGGUACUGGUGUUGACCUGCUACACACACGUACACAGAGGGCUGUACCCAGAGGCUGUAAGGAAUGGCUGCCAUGUUGCAGGAAGUGUGUGCCUUCCUGGAGAACUACUGGUGCAGGAAUCAAGUGCUUAGAACAGUUCAGUUUUCCUCUGCUCUCGUGGGAGGUCUAACGGAGACCUCCCACCCUGCACUUUCACUCAAGAUGGCCACUCUGUACAGCUCACUGGCGAACAUGAGAAUCAUCUCUCGUUUCCUUGAUGACCUCCCGGCACUGGCACACACACUCAAAACAUGGAGGAGCAUCAAACUUAUGAAGGAUGUGUCACUACCUGCUAAGCUAGCUGAACUCUUCUCCGUAUUAUGUGGACUCCUCUAUUACCCUACUGAACACAUGGCCUGGUUAGUAGACAACAAGUUGGUCACUGGGAAGUCUACCUCAUUGUGGAUGAUCGCCAUGGUGCUAUGGGGGCUACCCCUACUAAUUAGCGCCCUACAAUCUACAACAGCCCUUAUGAGCAUAAAUCAAGAAAUGGAGUUGCUCUGGAGACAAGAAAAGAGUUCAAAUUCGAUGGAAAAACAAGUAACAUUUUCUGAUCAACGACAAUAUGUUGGGAGGACUCCUCAGAUGCAAGUGCUUAUGGCUCGAAGGUUUCAUAUCCUUCUCUCUAUUAUUCAAUCGUUGUCGGACUUCGUGAAUGCUGUGCACUGGUUACCAGAGGGCGUGUUGUGGUCAGGGAAACUCCCCUUGUUCUGGGUGGGGCUUCUAGGAACACUCUCCUCUCUCAUCGGACUAUAUAAGAUUGUGCCCGGACAUGUCGUCUAGUCAAAUUGAUGUGUAUAUUCUAUACAAUAUUGUGUUUAUCCUACACAUUUUUGUAUCGUCUUCUUGUUGCCAUAGUAAUGUAAAUUUUAAACAUG